GUCCUCGGAGGAGGGUGUGUUUACAUUUACGUCACAGCCGUUUGCCGAGAGGAUAAAGUUCUGAUACAUCGGCAUCAUGUUCCAUGGGAUACCAGUUACAGGAGGUGUAGGAGGAGCUCCAGCCAAUAAACCCGAGCUGUAUGAGGAGGUGAAAUUGUACAAAAAUGCAAGGGAACGAGAGAAGUAUGAUAACAUGGCAGAGUUGUUUGCUGUCGUCAAGACCCUGCAGGCCCUGGAGAAGGCUUACAUCAAAGACUGCGUCACACCUAAUGAGUACACUGCUUCCUGUUCCAGACUCUUGGUUCAGUAUAAGGCUGCUUUCAAACAGGUGCAGGGCUCUGACGUGGGCUCCAUCGACGACUUCUGCAGGAAGUACAGACUUGACUGCCCACUAGCCAUGGAAAGGAUUAAGGAGGAUCGGCCAAUCACCAUUAAGGAUGACAAGGGAAACCUGAACCGCUGCAUUGCAGAUAUUGUUUCUCUCUUCAUCACUGUGAUGGACAAGCUGAGACUGGAGAUCAGGGCCAUGGAUGAGAUUCAGCCAGAUCUAAGGGAGCUGAUGGAAACCAUGAACAGAAUGAGCAACAUGCCUCCAGACUCAGAGGCUAAGGAUAAAGUCAACCUCUGGUUGACCACCCUCAGCAGCAUGUCAGCCUCAGAUGAACUGGAUGAUAAUCAGGUGCGCCAGAUGCUGUUUGACCUGGAGUCGGCCUACAAUGCCUUCAACCGCUUCCUCCACUCCUCCUAAAACAUCUCUCCAUCAUAGAUCCAUCUGUCUGAAAUUCUGGCUCUUAAUACCUAUUAAGUUAAAAUAAACAUUCUCCUUUCUCUUUUGGUUAUUUGUAGGGCGUGGAUUUAAGUCUAGGGACAGGUUUUCUCUCUCCUGCUUCCCCAAUUAUCACUUUUCCAACUCUACAUUUGUUCCCUAUGUACUUAUUCAUGCUGUGUCCAGUUCAAACUUCACUGCCUUUUAGCGUAUACUCCACUGUUUGUUGUACAUUGUGCUGCCUGUAGCCUUGCCCACUGGGCUUUUCCUGUGCUGUGAGAUCCUCCAUUGGCCUGUUUUCUAGCCAAACAUGUGUGAUAAACCCUUAAACACUGGCUAUUUUGAUCUUGACAAAACAGUUUACUUCUAACUUUGUACUGUAAUUUCAAAAAAGGUCUAAUUUUAUACUUAGGUUUUGCAGAGCACCAACAUAGAAGCAUGAAUCAGUGAUAUUGGGCAAAUUCUGCACAUGAAAAAAUGGUUGCAACAGCCAAAGUCUUUGUAUUAUUGGAGAGAUGAAUAUAUAUAUUUUUCUUUUUGGUACCCUAAAUAUAUCCACUAGCUACCACCUGGGGACAUUUGUUCUGUGUACCAUGAUUGUUUAAUAUUACACAUGUUUUUACUGUAGAAUCCCACAAUAGAGUUUGUCAAUAGCGUAAAAGAAGCUGAAAAUUAUCUGAUAACAUGCAGCAGAAGUAAUUGUUUGGACUCUGAAGAUGAUUAGAUUGCACUUCAAAUUAAUCAUUAUGUUGAAACUAUGGUGGAAGGAAAUGGUUUUGUUUUUUCGCCUACAUUUUGUCUUUAACAUGCCUAAUCCAUAUUUCCCUUAGAAGUGAAGGUUUGGCCACAUUGAGUGGGCAAAAGAGAGGUGGACACACCCCCUCCUUAUUUUGCUUACUAAAUAUGUUUCAACCCUCGAACACCAUUAGGGAGAACAUAUUUAUUAAGAUAUAUCAAUGUAAAUAAUAGUUUUGAUUUUUAAAUAAAAGCAUGUAACAUCUUUUUAGAAAUAAAGCUGAAAAAUCUAUCUCCAA